GUGUGCAGGGGCCGGCCGGCGCCUCGGGGGCCGCCUCCGUGCCAGCCCGCCCCGGGGAGGGGCUCUUCCGCGGCGCCCCGGCCGCUCUGUGCUGCCGCACGUCCGCGGAGCCCGCUGCUGUGCCUCGCCGCGGCCUCGCCGUGCCGGAGUCCCUCGGCCGGUCAGAGAAGGAGGAGACAAGAACAGGAGAAAGGAAGAGUCUGAAUAUAGCUCCAGACCAUGGCGGCACGCUGGAAAAGAAUCCUGAUGAUUUUUGUAGCAGCUCAAGUACUCGUUGUGGUAAAUGCCUUCGAGGAAGAGGAUGUACCUGAAGAAUGGGUGCUUCUCCAUGUUGUUCAGGGUCAGAUUGGAGCAGGCAACUACAGCUAUUUGAGACUAAAUCAUGAGGGAAAGAUCGUGCUUCAGAUGCGGAGUUUAAAAGGUGAUGCAGACUUGUACGUAUCUGACAUGACACUUCACCCCAGCUUUGACGAGUACGAGUUACAGUCUGUAACCUGUGGCCAGGAUGUUGUCCACGUACCAGCGCACUUCCGCCGCCCAGUGGGAAUAGGGAUUUAUGGCCACCCCUCUCACUUGGAGAGCGAGUUUGAAAUGAAAGUGUACUAUGAUCGGACGGUUGUACAGUACCCAUCUGGUGAGGCUUCUUACAACCCUGAGGAGAUGGAGGCCAACCAGAAAUACUCACAGUCUACAGAAGAUGAGUCUCAGGACGAGGAGUCUGUUUUCUGGACUAUACUGAUUGGAAUCUUGAAAUUAAUACUUGAAAUUCUUUUUUAAAUUGACGCACACUGGGCUAAGUCACAUUUCAGCCUGUGAAAUUGAACAUGAAUGACUUGCUGUGAUAUUUAAUACACUUUGUAAUGGUUCCUGAAGAGGUAUUCAGGUUAUUUUUCCUAAACCAUAAAGGAAGUGGGGGAAAAAGCCAUAUUUAAUUUUAUAUUGUAAAUCCUCCCUCCCCUAUACAUAAAAUGAGCAGCGAGUACAGUAUUUGCAGUGUUCUUCAGAGAUCAGGGCUUAAAAACGAAUGUACAGUUGGGAUCUUGUUAAAUUAACUUUAAACAGGUGCUUAGGAAAAUCAA